AUGACGGUGUGUUUAUGUCAUAUCAAGAUCCCGAUCCUAUGUUGGUAACAUCCGUCGCAGUAAGAACAGCAAAUGUCCAGGCAGCUGGCUAUUGGAAAGUGGACAUGCCAAAUGCAAUAGUUGUUCACUCUCCCCCUAACUAUAUUUACAAGUUCUUGGCUGCUGACAUAAAAUGGCAGCCCUCUCGGACAGUUCUGUUCCAACUUAUGGCAUGUAAAGAUGCUCACAUUGUGCUAACAGACAAGUGGAAUGACCUCACAGGCAAACUUUAUGAGAUUGUCAUAGGAACAGCUAGUAACAGUGCUUGUAUCAUAAGGGCAGGACGUGACACUGAUGCCAAGGUUACACAAAAC